UUUAACACCCCUCUCUCAGUCUCUCUUUUCUUGCAAAGAAAGAAGGGAAUUUCGAAGCAACGAGAGACAAUUGCGGUCUGCGAAGAAGAAGAGUUCGAUAAGAUACAGAAAUCAGGAGAGAGAAAAUUAAGUUUUACAGAGAGAGAGAGAGAGCAUGGAUCCGAAGCGCACAGAGGUGUCGCAGCAGUUCGAGCGAUUCAAAGCCGCUUUCAUUCGGAGCGAUUUCGAUACCUGUGAGAGACUCCUCUCGCAGCUCAAGGUCUCGCUAACACAGUUUAGAAGCCUUCCCCCAUUGUUUGAGGAUACGCCCGACGCGACUCAUGAAUUGACAUUAGCAAGGGAUAUAUAUGAGCAUGCAGUCGUUUUGAGUGUGAAGAUUGAGGACCAGGAGGCCUUUGAGAGGGAUUUCUUUCAGCUGAAACCUUACUAUACAGAUGCACGUGGCCGUCUUCCACCAUCCACUCAGGAGUAUCCCAUCUUAGGUCUCAACCUUCUGAGACUCCUUGUGCAGAAUAGAAUUGCAGAGUUCCACACUGAAUUGGAGUUGCUUUCUGCCGCUGCACUGGAGAAUCUUUGUAUCAAGCAUGCCGUAGAAUUGGAGCAAUCGUUCAUGGAAGGGGCUUAUAACCGUGUAUUGAGUGCAAGACAAACUGUACCCCAUGAAACUUACGUUUAUUUCAUGGAUCUGCUGGCAAAGACAGUCAGAGAUGAAAUAGCUGGAUGUAGUGAAAAGGCUUAUGAUUCACUAUCAAUUAAUGAUGCCCGACGGAUAUUGUUGUUCUCUUCUGACCAGGAACUUUUUGAAUACAUCAAGGAGGAUCAUCCUGAGUGGGAGAUAAAGAAUGGGUAUGUGAUUUUCCAAAGGGCGAAAGAAUCUGCACCUUGCAAGGAGAUACCGUCUCUGCAACUAAUCAAUCAGACACUCAGUUAUGCAAGGGAGCUGGAGCGGAUAGUGUGAAAUGCGUGUUCUGCCACUAUUUUCGAUUGUGCUUGUACUCUGUCAUUGAACUUUUCGGACUUUAUUCCCUCUGGAAUUCAUUGCAGAACUAACAGUGAUGAAAAAAGAGAAGGGCUGUAUUGCUAGGAUCACAUUCGGAAUUCCAAUUUGUUCACUUUUGAAACCGCACAUUUAGAGCUGUUGCCUUGGCUUUCCUUGUCUGGAUUA